AUGAUGCUUUCCCUACGGCAGAUCCUUCGUGUUCCGCUCCCCUCUCCUGCACCUGCUGCCGCCUUUGCUAGAUUUAACUCGACAGCCCCUGAGCAGGCACCAAAGAAGACAAAGUUUGGGCCUUUGAGCGAUGAGGACAGAAUUUUUACUAAUCUGUAUGGACGUCAUGAUUGGAGGUUAAAAGGAGCGCUGAGCCGCGGUGACUGGUACAAGACUAAGGAGAUUCUGCUGAAAGGGGUGGAUUGGAUACUGGGAGAGAUAAAGACUUCAGGACUGAGAGGCAGAGGAGGAGCUGGCUUCCCCACUGGGCUCAAAUGGAGCUUCAUGAACAAGCCAUCUGAUGGAAGACCUAAGUAUCUUGUAGUCAAUGCUGACGAAGGAGAGCCAGGAACCUGCAAGGACCGUGAGAUUAUGCGGCAUGACCCCCACAAGCUUGUGGAAGGUUGCCUGGUGGCUGGCCGCAGUAUGGGUGCACGAGCUGCUUACAUUUAUAUUCGAGGAGAGUUCUACAAUGAGGCAUCCAACCUCCAGGUGGCUAUCCGGGAGGCGUACGAGGCGGGACUUAUUGGAAAAAAUGCCUGCGGCUCCGGGUAUGACUUUGACGUGUUUGUUGUAAGAGGAGCUGGGGCAUACAUCUGCGGUGAAGAAACAGCAUUGAUCGAGAGUAUUGAAGGGAAGCAGGGGAAGCCCCGUCUCAAACCUCCAUUUCCCGCUGACAUUGGAGUCUUUGGGUGCCCCACAACUGUUGCUAAUGUGGAGACCGUUUCAGUGGCGCCCACCAUCUGCAGACGUGGAGGCCCCUGGUUUGCUAGCUUUGGCCGGGAAAGAAAUUCGGGAACUAAACUGUUCAACAUCUCCGGUCACGUCAACAAUCCAUGUACCGUAGAGGAAGAGAUGUCCAUACCAUUGAAGGAGCUUAUAGAAAGGCAUGCAGGUGGUGUCAUUGGUGGCUGGGACAAUCUGCUGGGUGUCAUUCCUGGAGGCUCCUCCACCCCUAUCAUCCCUCGCUCUGUAUGUGAUGAUGUCCUCAUGGACUUUGAUGCUCUUGUUCAGGCCCAGACUGGUCUGGGCACAGCUGCACUCAUUGUCAUGGAUAAAUCAACAGACAUCGUUCGCGCUAUUGCCCGUCUUAUAGAAUUCUAUAAGCACGAGAGCUGCGGUCAGUGCACACCAUGCAGGGAAGGAGUUGACUGGAUGAACAAAAUGAUGUGGAGGAUGUGUCAAGGGAACGCCCAGGAGGCUGAGAUAGACAUGUUGUGGGAGAUCAGUAAGCAAAUCGAAGGCCACACAAUCUGUGCAUUAGGGGACGGUGCGGCUUGGCCUGUGCAGGGUUUGAUUCGUCAUUUCCGACCUGAGCUGGAGGAGAGGAUUAGACUGUUCCAUGCAACUAAUAGACAGAAGGCCAGCAACUGA